AUGGUUCGUCUUGUCUUCCUUUCUCUUGCCUUGGCUGCUCUUAGCCAGGCUGCCCCCGGGAAACGUGCUGGCUCGGCUUCCGCAUACUGUUCCAAUGGGAACAACUACAAGCUCUCGCCCAUUGACGCCCCCGUACAAGGUGACGGCAAUCCUGGUUCGGCGUCAACCUGGAAGUUGAGCAUCGAUGAUACCUCCUCUGGCCACAAACAGACUAUUACCGGUUUUGGUGCUGCCGUCACCGAUGCCACCGUCUCGGUUUUCAACUCCCUCUCGGACUCGAAGCUCCAGAGCCUCCUCAACGACCUGAUGACCUCUGCCGGUGCCGGGUUCAGCUUCAUGCGCCAUACCAUCGGAGCCUCUGAUCUAUCCGCCGACCCUGUCUACACGUAUGAUGACAAUGGAGGCAAUACCGACACCUCCCUGUCGAAUUUCAACCUCGGUGAUCGUGGAACCGCCAUGGCUAAGCUCCUUGCCAAGAUGAAGUCCGUCCAAUCGAACCUCAAGAUCCUCGGUUCCCCGUGGAGCGCCCCGGGAUGGAUGAAGCUGAACGGUGUUAUCCAGGGAAAUGAAGAGAAUAAUAACCUAAACGACGGCUACUUGACCAGUGGAGGCACCGGGAGCACGGGGUAUUCUAGCCAGUUCGCACAGUACUUUGUCAAGUACAUCCAGGCGUACGAGAAUCUGGGCGCCCACGUCAACGCCAUCACUAUCCAGAACGAACCGCUGCACAGUGCCAGUGGCAUGCCGACCAUGUACGUCUAUGACUGGGAGGCUGCUGAUCUCAUCCAGAAGUUCAUCGAUGUCCAGAACAUUACACUUGAUCUUCUGUUUGCUCUGAGGAGUCUCUCCGCCGCUCGAGUCCUACCGUCUAAAACAAGUCAUGGAACUGUCCAGAACGAUCUGCGGCGGUUGAUCUCUGCGGUUGCUUCUGAAACGUUCGACUCCUCGCGUAUAUGGCCUCUCUUGACUGCAACCAUCUCCCGCAAAGCAGAUAGCGACAUCUGGCAAUGUGUGUAUGACGCAGUCACCGAAUGCACCCCACCUCCUCGAGAGAUUGCGUCCUCCUUCCAGCAGACCCCGUGGAUCCACAAGACGAGUAGCUUCGCAAACUCCUCCGAAUACCGUCAAGACAUUGACCGGGUCCUCAAGUCAGAGCUUGGGGCUCUGUACAUAGGAAUCCCACAUUUCCACUCGACUUUUUUUGGAGGCAUUAGUGGUCUCCAGUCAGCGUCUCAUGCCGUUUUCAAAAGAUGUACGGAGGGGGAAAAUGCACUUUUUGCUAAUGGUUGGAAGGGGUGGCCAAGUGAUGCAAAUCAGGAGGAUGUCUUAACAUGGUUUGCGGAUGUGAGCGAAAAACUUGCUAAACUCUCCAAAGACUACCAUCCAGAGUCGAUACAACCACGAAGGCCACUUGCCCAGCCCAACAAGCCAAUCCAGGGCUCCACAGCAGAGCGUAAGCUGGACAUUGGCUUUGUUAGCGACGCUAGCGCCGGAAAGGAUAGUCGGUGUCAGUGGUCACAGAUCCUCGUGCCUGGAGAGCUGAAGAGCAAUCCAUCAGCCGAUGCUGCUUCCAAGGCAUGGCUUGACUUGGGGAGGUACGCUAGAGAAGUGCUUGCGGCACAAGAUACCCGCCGCUUCGUCUUAGGUUUUACCAUAUGUGGAUCGUUCAUGAGGAUAUGGGCCUUCGACCGUCUCGGGGGAGUCGCUUCUGAACGGUUUGACAUCAAUGAGAAUGGUUUCCAGUUUGUAUUCACCAUUCUCGGUUUCCUAUGGAUGAGUGAUGAGCAAUAUGGGUUUGAUCCCACAAGCAGCCAAAAAGACGGCCUUCGAUACAUUGAGAUAGAGCGGCACGGCCAAGUCGAGCGUCUCGUCCUUCGGAAAUUGAUGAAACGAGCACCUUGUAUUGCAGGUCGAGCAACAACAUGCUGGCAGGCGUACCGCGAAGAUGCCCCUGGGAUACCCCUCGUCGUCAAGGAUUCCUGGCAAUACACUGAGCGUGAGGAAGAGGGUGACCUCCUCCAACAAGCUACUCAAGCAGGGGUAAUUAACGUCGCACGUUAUUAUCACCACGGUACUGUUUACGUUCGAGAUAAGAUUGACGACGUUCAGGACAACGUUCGGGGUGGCUUGGAUAUCAGGACUGCGAGCAAUUAUCGGCCGGGAAGACUCGCGGUAUUCACUGGUACCAACAUAGCUGAUGGCCCGCGGAAGGGUCGGAGCAGCGGUAGGUCAGGCGUAAAACGGUCUUCUAGUCAAACCGAUGCCUCUCUGCCUCCAAGUAAGCGAUCUUGUUCGUCAUCUACCAAAGCGCCCGGCAACGCAUUACCAAAUCGAGUUCACCGCCGUGUCGUCCUACGCGAUUAUGGCGCACCAAUUUACGAAGCCAGCACUCGCCAGGCCUUACUUGUGGCGCUAGAGGGAUGCAUAGCAGGACACCAAUCUUUGCAAAAGGCGGGGAUCUUACACCGAGAUAUUUCAGUCAAUAACCUCAUGAUCAAUGAAGACAAAGAGAAUCCAUCCUGGCCAUCUUUCUUGAUUGAUCUUGACCUGGCUAUCCGAGAGCCGCGAGAUGGCGCCUCCGGGGCAAACGGAAAGACUGGCACCGGGGCAUUUAUGGCAAUCGGCUCGCUUCUAGACGAGAAACAUUCUUUCAUGCAUGACCUUGAGUCGUUCUUCUGGGUAAUUUUCUGGAUAUGCAUCCACUACAAGGGCCCUGGUCAGGGUAGAGUUGUUGCAAGAUUCGACAAGUGGAACUACGUGGAUACAGAGGAGUUGGCUGCUAUAAAAAAAGGCCUGAUUUCGGAUGAAGCGGAUUUCAUACGGACGGCGAAUGUGUACUUUACAGAGUACUACCAGCCACUUAUUCCAUGCAUCAACAAACUGCGGAAGGCAGUCUUUCCUAAUGGGAGGAGAUGGGCGAAGGAAGACAUAGGACUCUAUGAUCAAAUGAAAGGGAUCCUACGGACAGCCCAAGGGCCGUGA